CCGUGGAUUGGUGAGUCGACGUGGACGGUUUGGCAUACUGGUGAUCCUGGUUCGAACUUGUAUUCGUUCAUCGCUGAGGAAACGACGUCGGAGCUGGGUUUGGUUCAUUGUGAUCUGUGAUGGUAAAGAAGACGAUGAGGCCAUUCUUUCUGUUCUUCAUUCUCUUCUCUUUCACCUGUGCCUCCGAACAAAGCUUCCCUGCUCAUAUCGGUAGUAUAUUUGGUGGUGCUGGUGGCGCUGCCGGUGGCCGCUCUCGGGAACCUAAAUACAAUAUUGAAUUCCAUCCCCAAGAUUCCCCUUUUAUCCCUGAUGAUGACCAGGAAUCUAUAACCAUACCAGAUAAAAAUGGACAAAAAUUUAUCUGUUACUUACCUAAAGUGGAAAAGGAAAAAAGUGGAAAGCCUGUUAUCCAACACAAUGUUAGCAGUAUGAUUGUUGAAACAGAGAAACGGAUUAAGCAGAAGACACCAGAUGAACUGCUAGAAGCAUUAAAGGGUCCGUGCUUUCUCAGGCAAGAAGGUUGGUGGUCAUAUGAAUUUUGCUAUCAAAAGAAGUUGCGGCAACUACAUUUGGAAGAUGAUAAGAUCGUCCAGCAGUUUAUCCUAGGAGAGUAUGAUCCGGAGGCUACAGCUGCAUUUAACCAAAAUCUUUCCGACAUUUCUACAUUGAAGGAUCCCCGUUCAAAAGAUGCAUCUCAAAGGUAUCAUGCUCAUCAAUAUACUAACGGAACCAUGUGUGAUCUUACAAAUAGGCCAAGAGAGACCGAGGUGAGGUUUGUAUGCUCGGAACCCAGAGCAAUGAUUAGUUCAAUUACUGAGAUUUCCACUUGCAAGUAUGCACUUACAGUGCAAUGUCCGACGCUAUGCAAGCACCCAUUGUUUCAAGAGGAGAUACCAGUAUGGCACACCAUCGAUUGUAAUGUGCUCCCAAAGAAACACGUGGAUUCCGAAGUGAGGCAAGAAAACCAAAAUAUGGAGAUUGUUAUGGUCACAGAUUCAGAAAAUAAUGACUCAGAAUUAGAACAAUGAUAUAAUGUACAGAAAAAACCAUAGGGAAAGUAAGUGACAUGUAUUUUCUACAGUAAAGGAACAUCUAUUUUCUAUUAGCCUCUGCCUAGGUCAUGUCUCCCACCAUGGAAAACAAGUUUUACAAAGUUAGGUUUUUGUUCAAAUUCAGAUUGAUGGUCGAAA